GCCGCCGGACUGCGGGAGCCGGGCGGACGGGCGCGCGGUGACGGCCCUGUGUGCUCCGCAGGGAACUACCGCACCCAGAUGUGGGAUAAGCACAAGGAGGUCUUCCUGCCCUCGACCCCCGGCCUGGGCAUGCACGUGGAGGUGAAGGACCCUGAAGGCAAGGUGGUGCUCUCGCGGCAGUAUGGCUCCGAGGGGCGCUUCACCUUUACUUCCCACACCCCUGGCGACCAUCAGAUCUGCCUGCACUCCAACUCUACCAGGAUGGCGCUCUUCGCUGGCGGCAGACUGCGUGUGCACCUGGAUAUCCAGGUCGGGGAGCAUGCCAACAACUACCCAGAGAUUGCUGCCAAGGACAAGCUGACAGAGCUGCAGCUGCGGGCCCGCCAGCUGCUCGAUCAAGUGGAACAGAUCCAGAAGGAGCAGGAUUACCAGCGGUACCGAGAAGAGCGCUUUCGUCUGACCAGUGAGAGCACCAACCAGAGGGUCCUGUGGUGGUCCAUCGCUCAGACCGUCAUUCUCAUCCUCACUGGCAUCUGGCAGAUGCGUCACCUCAAGAGCUUCUUUGAGGCCAAGAAGCUGGUGUAGCGUUCUCUCUGUGUGACCUUUCUCUCUCAUCUCAAUUAUUUGGUACUUUCCCCACCCGAUACCUUAUCCACUUGAGUUGUGAGGGGAAAAAAUGGAGAAAGGAUUUAAGCCACAUUGGUUUCAUGGCAGCAAAGCAUCCAGAUCGGCCACCCAUUAACAUUGGAUACAGGACAUUGGUCCAAGCUUUCACAGGUGUCUUGGGGUUUGCGCACAGUCGGAACUGACCCUGGACUAGGCCUUGCUUCUUGCGCCUCCAGUGAGUCCCCUUCAUCCCAUCACAAAAUGAGCAAAGGAAAAAUCCUCCCAACUCCUGUAACUUUCUGUCCUCGUCUGCUCACACAGCGGCGACGGAAAUGCCCCACCAAGGAGGCCCCACCUCACUGCUCCCGGUUGGUCCUGGGUUCCCUCAGUGGCUUUCUGAAUGUAAAUAAGGGCCAGAGGCCUUAGAAGAUGGAAGUGUUUUUCUAUAUAUUAGAAGUAUUUUUUGAUAAAUUAUAUAUUUUCCUUCCUAGCUGAAGUGUGACUGCCUGUGUGUGACUAACUGAGCCACAGCGCAGCCACCCCACACUCUGUUUGCCCACAGUUCUGGUGACUUCCGCAGCAGCUCAGGAUUUCAGCGGGUCGCACAGCCGACGCCCCAGCUGCUCUCAAGGCCUUAGCAGAGGGCUAAGGAGACCCUCUGGGACACCUGUGCCUCCACCGCACGGGGCCUCAGGGUGAUGACAGAGCCGGCACUGGCGGGGCGCUCCUCUCUUCCUCGCCCCUUCACCUGUGGUUAAGCCGUGGUAAAUGUUUUCUUCAAGGGAACCAGGGUUGGUUCUUUAUACAGAUUUUUCCAGUGAAAUAAAACUUGUUGCAGUA